CUCUCCCUGCCUCUGCCUCUAAAUUCUUCCUGGCUCUGUUCUCAUUUUAACUUGCUUCUUUUUCACUUUUCCCUUUUAGGUUUCUUCUGGGGUCAAUGGGGUUUUGGCCUUCACCACAAGCUUUGAUCGCUAGGUACUCUUUUCGCAUGCUUACAACAAAACAAAAGAUCAGGCCCCUACUCCCCUUGUCAGGUAAUAAAACCAUGGAGGAAGAACAGCGUAGCUACUGUGGUCCUCUUAUUUCCCUGUCUCGUUUAUUCUGCCUUCUUCUCCUUCUCCUUCAGCUCUUAAUUUUUCACCGUGUCUGCCUGCCUUUCGCCUUUUGGCUCCCCAUCAUUUUCCCCACCACAAAGUAUCUUUCUUCCCCUUUCUCAUUUUCACACAAUCUCACUCCUUACCCACCUCUUUAAUUGUACCAAAGUCUCCAUCUUUAGCCCACCCUUUUCCCACCUCACUGCUUAAAAGGACAUUACAAAGUUAUGGAAGGGAAAGGGAAGCAGAGGCUGGUUCUUGGGAGGUCGGUGAAGAAGGAAUUGACCGGCGAUGUCGAGUCGUCUGACGAUGAUGGUGAGUAUCAGCAUGUGGGUUACUAUCUGGAACAUGAUUCUGAAGCUAGCAAGAAAACGAAACUGGUCAUCUCUGCCUCUGCCAGCUGCCGGGGAGGAAGAAAGGCGCCUAGCGGCGGCGGCGGCGGCGGCGGUGGUGGGAUGAGGUGCUGCCAGGCUGAGAACUGUACGACUGAUCUUGGUGAUGCAAAGCCGUACCACAGGAGGCAUAAGGUGUGUGAGUAUCACUCCAAAGCUCAGGUUGUGCUUGUUGCUGGAAUGAGGCAGAGGUUUUGCCAGCAAUGCAGCAGAUUCCACGAGCUAUCAGAGUUCGACGACAUGAAAAGGAGCUGCAGGAGGCGCUUGGCUGGGCACAACGAGCGAAGAAGGAAGAAUGCAGCUGAACCCCAUCACCAUGCCUCAGCAGCAGCAGAAGAAGGAUCAAGCAGGAGAGGAGUGGUGGUGGAAGGGCAGUUGCAGGACAUUAUGUGUGGCCAAGUUGGUGAUCACAGCAGCAGCAGCAGCAGGGCACGGAUCAAGAUCGCCACAAUCCAGGAGAAUCCCACGUACAAGCAUUUCCAGAUCAGAUGAAAAGACAACCAUUUCCCUCCAUAUCUUCAUCUCUAUCUGGCUAGCUUCAAGGAGGAAAUUAAAAAGAAAUUGCUCUCUCUCUUCUGUCAUCCUCUUCCAAGUCCAUGUUUUCUUAAUUGACUUCACUCCCAGCUUUUCUGUACUUGUAAUAAACUGAGCACAAUCAUGAACUGUCUCCUGUAACUAGGCUGCUUAGGUAUGUUGUGUUGUUAGCUGAACAUGAAUGCCUGCACGGUAGACUGUGAUUGAUUUAAAGCUACUGGAAUUUGGUAUUGUUUGUGUAACUAACCUGGGGAUCAGGGUUGUUAAUGACUUUGUACUAUGUACGUAAGUUGAUGUGAUAAUGUUUAUAUGCUUGUGUUGUUUUC